GCCUGCCCCCCUCCCCUGAAUCCCGCCCGUCCCCCCGGCCGUCGGAGCGGCUCCUCUCUUUGCCAGCUCCUGGAUCCAGCCCCGGGAAGGGACUGGAUGCCCGCAGCCCCCAGCCGGGACCGAGCCACCUCGUCGCCGCCCGGACGGCACCAUGCGGGCAGGGGCGCCCCUUCUCCUCCUGGCUCUCUGGCUAGCCGCGGAUGCUGUGCACGGGGGUGGGAAGAAAUUUUAUCAGGGGCCUUGUGGCGGCCGAGAUUGCACAGGGAACUGCAAAUGCUUUCCAGAGAAAGGUGCCCGGGGUCGACCAGGGCUAAUUGGGAAUCAAGGGCAGAUGGGUGCUCCAGGAUUUACUGGCCCAGAGGGCUUGAGAGGCCCAAAAGGAGAGAGAGGGACAUCCGGGGCUCCGGGUGCAUCUGGACCAAAAGGCGAUAAGGGCCCGAUGGGAGUUCCUGGAUUUCAGGGAAUAUACGGAGUUCCUGGACACCCUGGCCAGCCAGGGUCCAGAGGCCUACCUGGCCUGGAUGGCUGUAAUGGCACCAUUGGGACUCCUGGUGUCCCAGGAACAGACGGGUUUCUUGGCCUGCAGGGCCCCCCGGGUCGUCCUGGCCCAAAGGGGCCAAGAGGGGAUCCUUCUUUUGUCCAAGGAGCUUUUAAAGGAAUCAAGGGAGAAAAUGGCAUUCCUGGAUUGGAUGGUGCAGUGGGUCCAAGUGGUUUCCCAGGUCCACCCGGAGCUCCUGGCCGUGUUGGGCAGCCCGGUGGUCAGGGGCUGCCAGGUCCACCUGGCCCUCCAGGUCUUAAAGGUAACAUGGGCCUCGUUUUCCAGGGAGAAAACGGAGAAAAAGGAGACGUCGGACUUCCUGGACCAGCAGGCCCUCCACUUUCUACUGGGACCCAGGAAUUCACAGGAUUCCAGAAAGGGCAGCAAGGAGCUAAGGGCAUCCCGGGACCCAAAGGAUUCCCUGGAUUGAACGGUUUUCCUGGUCUUCCGGGCACCUUUUUUUAUGGGGAAAAAGGAGAAAAGGGUAUACCGGGCCUGCCAGGGCCUAGAGGAGAUAUGGGGCUGAAGGGAUUUGAUGGUGGCCCAGGCAGAAAGGGCCUAGCAGGUGACCUGGGAUUUCCCGGGCUGGAUGGAUCACGUGGAGGAAAGGGCGAAUUGGGUGACCUCGGUCUGCCAGGCCCUACCAUUAUUAUUGAUACCAAAGGAGCUGUGAUUUCAGGUCUUCCUGGAGACGCCGGGACGCCAGGAACCCCUGGCCCUCGAGGUGAUGAGGGAAUCACUGGUUUGCCGGGGCUUCCUGGUCCAGCAGGAUUUCCAGCCACAACUCCAGGUUCCCCAGGGUUGAUGGGAUUCCCGGGUGUUCCAGGUCCCAAGGGUGAUAUCGGAGACCCGGGUAGGUUGACCUUUGGGUCACCUGGUCCACCUGGCAACGAUGGAGCUCCAGGUUUCCCAGGUGCCCCAGGACUUCCUGGCCCUUCAGAUUCCGUUGAUACGGUAGAAGCGUUGCUUGAUGGGGAACCCGGAGAGACUGGAGUCCCUGGACCGAGAGGGCCACCGGGGACAUUGGGUUUAAAAGGACACAAAGGUGAAGCUGGUGCUUGUGCUUGUGAUGGAGGAGCCACAGUUGGCUUCAGAGGAGAGCCUGGCACACCUGGUCAGCCUGGGAGACCAGGGGGACUUGGCCCAAAAGGACCUAUGGGAGAUCCAGGUGACAGGGGCUCCCAAGGACAGCCUGGACUACCGGCCUUGUUUGGUCAACCUGGCCUUCCAGGCCCCAAGGGAGAAAAAGGAGAGUCUUCUUUUGCCCCGGGAAGAGGCACCCGAGGAGAUGUAGGGGACAUAGGGCCCAUCGGUCCUUCAGGUGUCCCAGGAAUUCCUGGCAGGGAUGGCCUCUCAGGUUUGCCAGGCCAACCCGGCCUGCCGGGUGAUGGUGGAUUAGGUUAUCCAGGUGAGAAAGGCCUGCCAGGUUUACCUGGUCCCAAGGGUCGGCGUGGCGAGACUGGUCUUCUUGGCAUUGGAUUUCCUGGCCCAAAUGGAAUACAAGGACCUCUAGGCAACCCAGGGACAGAUGGAUUUCCAGGCCAACCGGGUCUUCCAGGCCCUCCAGGUGAAUGCUGCUGCGGUGAGGAGUUUGUUAAUGGAGUCUUAGACACUGAGGGAGGUAUCACUUUGCCCUGUGUCAUUCCUGGAGAAUUUGGUACACCUGGAUUUCCAGGACCCUCAGGAUUUCCAGGUUCCAAGGGAAGUAAAGGUGUUCCGGGAAUUCCGGGACAGCCUGGGUUAAACGGCUUCAAGGGGCAGCCAGGCACACCUGGAUUAAUUGGGCUCCCAGGAGUACCAGGCUUUCCUGGCAUCCGUGGAGAUCCAGGCCAACAAGGACCUCCAGGAUUUGAUGGGACAGAUGCGUUACCUGGAAAGCCAGGUCUCCCUGGGUUGCCUGGUGCAAAGGGACCGCCCGGUGAAGUGUUUGGGGCUGAAAGUGGAGUUCAAGGGGAACCUGGGCGACCCGGAUUCCCAGGAGAUAAAGGUGUGCCUGGGGACUCUGGGUUCCCAGGACGGAAAGGUUUGGAUGGGAAGCCAGGCCUGCUGGGCAUAAAAGGAGGACGUGGCGAACCAGGGCUUCCGGGCAUUGAUGGACUGCAGGGACCCCCGGGGCCCGGAGGCCCAUUUGGCACCAAAGGAAAACCAGGCCCAGUGGGAGCAGUGGGCUUCCCAGGAUCACGAGGGCUCCCUGGGGCUAAAGGUCCAAGUGGAGACAGAGGCUCACCAGGCCCUGCUGGCAUGAAGGGGUUCCCAGGUCUGAACGGCCUUCCAGGACGUCCCGGAGAAGGAGGGUUGCAGGGCCCACCCGGCCUUUUGGGGCCCAAUGGAAAACCUGGCUUUCCUGGAUCCAAAGGUGAAAAGGGCUCAUCGGGCAUGAUGGGCUUCCCCGGCAUGCCAGGCCUUUCCGGAAUCCCCGGGGUGAGUGGGCUGAAAGGAAGCUCUGGCACACCAGGACGAGAUGGCAGUUCUGGAUUUCCUGGCCUUCUUGGCCUCAAAGGAGACAGGGGAACCCCUGGCCUGCCUGGCCCACCCAUUGCCCGGCCUCCAGAGCUGGGCCUCAUGCUCAAAGGGAGCAAAGGAGAGCCGGGCUCCAUUGGACUUGGAGGAUUUCCGGGACCAAGAGGAAACAAGGGCUUCCCUGGGCCUCCUGGGCCGCCUGGCCUCCUGGGCAUAGCCGGCGCUCCAAGCAGGAAGAAAGGGCUGAGUGGAGACAGAGGAUUCCCAGGGACACUGGGGCGACCUGGCUUUCUGGGACAGAAAGGAGUGGCUGGCAUCAGCGGGUUUCCAGGAAUGCCGGGAGGGCGUGGUGCUGAAGGUCUGCCGGGGUCACCUGGAUUCCCAGGGACGAUGGGGUUCCGUGGUCCAAAGGGUGACAGCGGGGACUCAACUGGGAUCCCAGGCGGCGUGGGAGCAAAAGGGCUACGAGGAGAUCCUGGACUUCCAGGUGGGAGAGGCAUCGAGGGACCGAAGGGGGAGCCCGGCUUUUCAGGAGCUCCUGGGCUGAAAGGCCAGAAAGGUCUGCCGGGCAACCUUGGUCAACAGGGGCCACGAGGCUUCCCUGCUGCUGUUAUUUCAAGGGGAAACCCAGGUCUUCCGGGUAGUCCUGGACAGCCCGGCUCUCUCGGAUUCCGGGGGGUUCCUGGCACGCCAGGGCUCAAAGGCUUCCCUGGCUUGCCAGGGUUGAAUGGCCUAAAUGGCUUGCCAGGCACCAAAGGAUCAUCUGGAACACCAGGUCUGAGCGAAAGUGGACUUCCAGGCCAAGCGGGGCCCCCAGGGGCCAAAGGUGAUCCGGGCAUCCCAGGUUUUCAACUUGGAGCCGCCGGGUUCCCUGGGCAGAAAGGAGCUGCAGGAGACAUGGGACUUCCUGGGAACUUAGGAUUCCCUGGCCGGCAAGGGCCUCCCGGAAUAUCUCUUCCGUCUAAAAUUCCUGGGAGACCUGGUGAUUCCGGAUGGCCUGGAGGGGACGGUAGACCAGGUCUCCAAGGUCCCCCUGGGCCAAGGGGGUCGCCAGGCCCAGCCUCCAACCAAGGCGACACAGGCGUCUCCGGCACCCCGGGCACUCCGGGUUUCCCAGGCCUCAAAGGUGACACGGGGGUCCCUGGCCUAAGCGGAUUCCCUGGAGCAUCAGGAUUCAAAGGGCUGAGAGGUGACCCAGGUUUCAUGGGAACGCCUGGAAAAGACGGGCUUCCAGGCGAUCUGGGCUCUCCUGGCCCCAAAGGUGAAACAGGACGCCGAGGUUUCCCUGGUCUACAAGGGGCUCCGGGAGAGACCCAGAUAGCUCAAGAAAUCAAGGUUCCUCCAGGCGUAGUUGGCCUGCCUGGCAUUGAUGGCUUCCCUGGUUUUAGUGGAGAUCCCGGGGUCCAGGGUCCACCUGGACAGCAAGGUCCCAAAGGGCAGCCAGGAAGACCUGGUCAGAUGGGUGCCGUUGGUUUGCCUGGGUCACCUGGUCUGGUAGGAGAUCCAGGAACGCCAGGUAGUCCGGGUCCACAGGGAUUUGAAGGUUCCCCCGGGAGGCCAGGGCCUUUUGGCUUGCCAGGGAUGCCCGGCCGCAGCAUCGGCGUGGGCUACACCUUGGUGAAGCACAGCCAGUCCGAGCAGAUCCCGCCUUGCCCCGUCGGAAUGAGCAAGCUGUGGGAAGGCUACAGUUUGCUGUACGUGGAGGGCCAGGAGAAGGCACACAACCAGGAUCUCGGAUUUGCUGGCUCCUGCCUGCCUCGCUUCAGCACCAUGCCUUUUAUUUAUUGCAACAUCAAUGAGGUGUGCUACUACGCCAGCCGCAACGACAAGUCCUACUGGCUCUCCACCACCGCUCCAAUCCCCAUGAUGCCUGUUGGCAGCUUCCAGAUCUCACAGUACAUCAGCCGCUGCUCUGUCUGCGAAGCUCCAUCCCAAGCUGUAGCUGUCCACAGUCAAGACAUCACAAUCCCGCAGUGCCCGGAAGGCUGGCGCAGCCUCUGGAUUGGAUAUUCCUUCCUCAUGCACACUGCAGCCGGAGCCGAAGGCGGCGGCCAAUCCCUGGUCUCCCCUGGAUCUUGCCUGGAGGAUUUCCGUGCCACCCCCUUCAUCGAAUGCAACGGGGCCCGGGGGACCUGCCACUACUUUGCCAACAAGUACAGCUUUUGGCUGACCACAGUGGAGCAGAGCCAGCAGUUUGUCGAGGCUCCCGUCUCGGAAACACUGAAAGCGGGACAGCUCCGGACACGGGUGGGCCGGUGCCAAGUUUGCAUGAAGAACUUGUAGCAAGCACCCGAAGCAGUUGACAGCAGCAGCCAAGGGACUUGAGUUCAAAGGCCAAGACAUGCACCCUCUUUUCCAGCCCAAGCACUGAGCGCCACUCAAUUCCCCCCAGCUGCAGAAGGACAGAUGGACACCCAAAGCCCCUCUGUUCACGGUGCUAUCUUUCUCUCUUCUCCUUGUUUUUUAUCUUCACGGCUACCUCAGAAGUCUCUCUCUCUACCCUCCUGGUUGCCACAUCAGAUUGGUCUGUCGUCUUGCCAACAACAUCCCACACAGAUUUGCAUAGGAGACGUUGACUUCUGGAUAAAGUUCUAUUUUCAGUGCCUUGGCCAUUCAGCACGGCUCCUUCUGCUACGGAUUUAGACUUGCAAAUAAUUUCUGACACCUUUCUAGGCCAUACAGAAAUAUGUUUCUUAGCCUUCCUGCAUGGCCCUGCCUAUUCUGGUCACUUUUAGCCAGUUGUAUUGGGCCUAUUUUAAUUAUUUCUUUUAGGUCAGAAGGAAUCAACUUUCUAGAACUUCCAUGCUUGAUCUCCAGGAGGAAGUUCUUUCUCCAUGCCACAGACAACCAGGCAAGUAGCUGUUUACAGACGCGGUUAAGAGUUUGUGCCAGAUGUUCACACAGCAUAGCACACUAGAAGUACUAUGCACAUCUGUUCUGCAGAUAUGGAAUAAAUGGGAUUAUGCAGGAGUUAGCCACGCUCCGCUGCCAUUGUUUGAUGAGCAAAGGUACUGUGCAAUGAGAACAUGUACCUGUUUCAGACACUAUGGGGGGGAACUGUCGACAAUCAUAAUCCACAAGCCCAGGGCUGGCCCAAGAAUAAAGGCCUCUGUGAAGCUCUAGAAAUACUAGCAAGACAGGUGGAAGCUCCUAACACAGAUGGUACAUCGAAAGCUUUUUGCUUCAGGGCUCAAAAUUCAGUGCAGCUCAGUACCAUGUGCGAUAGGUAUACAAGCUUGAGAGCAGUCACUGGACAGUAAAGACAAGGCAGCCUCAAGUCCUGAAAGGAAAUCACUUUCCUCAAAGGAGCAAGAACAAAUCAUUGCACCUGAAAUCCCAAGCGUAAAUGGGGAAUAAUUGCCACCAUCUGCAAGACAGACUCAUAAACAUUGAACAUGGAGGGACUUCAUUGUUAGGACACAAUUGCACAUUUGCCUGCAUGGGUUCUUCACCCAGAACCUUUUGCAUAGAGUGACAACAGAUACAUCUUUCCCCUGGUACUGUGUAACAUUUAUAUGUAUGUUGUUCAGAACACGCAUUCAGCAUCGGCUUGAUAUUCCAUGUGAUGUAUCCAGGUAAGGAAACUGAACCAAAGAUGCAUCUUUCCCUACCUGCAUUGCUUUUCUGAGUUCUCUGCCAUGGAUUUAGCAAGGAUAGGACAGUCCCAACCUGUGUUCCCUAUCUAUAAAAUUGGUAUCUCCCCGCCCCCGGCACAUGUGCCACAUUUGAAUGUUUGCUGGCAUCAUCCAGAAUGUAGAGUGGUGGGAAUAUAGCUCAAAAUGGCGUCUGGAGACGGGUAAGCAUAUUGGGCAAUUGGGUAACUUUCCUCAAGGCCAUCAUGCCAAAGAUAAAGUCAGUAAAAAGCCAUUUGCAAAUUCAAAGUGCUUCAGCAGUUGUACAGUUUCAAAUUUCUGCUGAGGAGUGUAGGGAAGAGUGGAGGUGUGGGGGGCUAGGCUGCGUUGAGGUUCUAGCGUGCUCUAGAACAUGAGGACAUGUUCCAUGUCCUGUUCCAUGUGAACCAGGAUGCUAGACUAGAUGGGCCUUGGGCCUGAUCCAGCCGGGCUGUUCUGACCUGCUCAAGAACACAAACCCAAGGCCCCUCUAGUCCAGCAUCCUGGUUCACACAGAUGCCUCCGGUUCUUCUUACCCUAACCGGCCAUAUGUGAAUUUCAUCAGUAAGACCUUAAGCUUGAAUUUGAAGAGCCCAUCUGUAAGUAGAACCCUGACUGUGGCCUUGGACUUGGCAUCGUCUGGGGGUAGCAGAGAGGUAAUACAGCAGGCAAACUGCAGAAGCCGCCUCCAGCAGUUUGAGGGGGCCCCACGAUCUCUUGGGGUGCUUCUGGAAUGUUUCUUAGAUGCUUGGUCAUAUGAUGCAUACAUGUGUCUUGAGCUGGAGGCUGAGACACGACUCCUUUUCUUAUCAGCUUGUUUGGAUUUCUGCCCGUGCAUUCCUGUAGGCUGCCUUAGCUUGCUUUUCAAAGUUCGGUCAUUUAUUUACAUAUUGUCCUUGGGACAAUCUCAGCCUCCGUGUUCCUUAUUAGGGAAACUGGCAGUUCUUACUAGAGUAAGUAAAGCAUCUUCUGAAUGCUUAACAUACUACAGGUGUGUUAUAUGUGGGAGCUGAGGUGUAAUCUGGCACUGCCCUCAGCUGCUUGAGUUAUCAGUUUUGCAGUCACUUUUGUUCUUGUUUUGCUUACAUCCAUGAUCCAGGUUGGCCAGUGGUAGGCUGGGAUCAUGUGUGGAUUAUAUUGAUGGGAAACUGCCACUGGUCCAUCUGACUGGGCACUGACUGGCAGCAGCUCUCUAGGAUUUCAGGCAGGAGUCUCUCACUGUCCUACUUGGAGAUGCUGCCAGGGAUUGAACCUGAGAAUAUAUGCAUGAAUGCUUAGGGGGAGCCCCGUCCCCAAAGGACAAUAUCUUAUAGUGCUCACAUCCAAAUGAAUAUCAAGGGAGGAGGAGAGCUGGUCUUGUGGUAGCAAGCAUGAAUGGUCUCCUUUGCUGAGCAGGGUCCACCCUGGGUUGCCUUUGAAUAGGAGAUGACAUGUGAGAGCACUGUAAGAGAUUCCCCUCAAGGGAUGGGGCUGCUCUGGAACAUAGGGAGCUGCCAUAUACUGAGUCAGACCAUUGGUCCACCUAGCGCAGUACUAUCUACACAGACUGGCAGCAGGAAUCUCUCUUAGCCCUAUCUUGGAGAUGCCAGAGAGGGAACUUGAAACCUUCUGCUCUUCCCAGAGUGGCUCCAUCCCCUAAGGGGAAUAUCUUACAGUGCUCACACAUCAAGUCUCCCAUUCAUAUGCAACCAGGGCAGACCCUGCUUAGCUAAGGGAACGAGUUAUGCUUGCUACCACAAGACCAGCUCUCCUCUCAUGCUCUGGGGAGAGCAUUCAUGCUUGCUCCCACACCACCAGCUCUCCUCCCCAUGGCAGAGGACUUCAGCAUUUGUGAUAGCUGUGUGCCUUAGACGAGCAGUGUUUUCUGGCCUUAAGCCACCGGGUUCUUUUCAGGUGGUUUCACAGUAUGGUCCAGGCCUGUGUGAAGCCUUGAAAAUACCUGCCAAGCAGCUGGAAGCUCCAAAGGCAGACACAUAAUAUAGAGGAAGUUUAGCUUUACCAAAUGAAAAGUGAUACACUGGUCUCAAAAUACAGUUCAGCUCAGUGCCAUCUGCAACAGAUGUACAAGCUUGAGCAAGCCUAUUAGUUUAGGUGGACUCUGCUUCUGAUGUGUUAUAGAAGCCCUAACAUAAAACCUUUUUAUUUUCUGUUGUUCUGUAGAGCUUAAAUACAUCUUUUAGAAGUUUCAUAACUUCCGACUCCUCUUCAGUUGCUUAAUGAAAUGCACUGCAUUGUACCUAAUGAGAAGCUAUAUAUAUUAAUUAUCUGCUUGUGCUCAAAGAAUGCAACAGUAGCUGCCAUUCACAUGUUAAUAUUUUGCCAUUGUUUUUCAGAGGUAGCCUUAAAAUUGCUGGUGCUUAAGUAAUUAAUAUAAUACUAAAUCAUUUAGUUUCAUUCUAGGGUAAGAUUGAGUGGAUGAUGACUGAAUCUCUUUUACUACUAAAAACUACACUUUUUUUUUUUUUUACUUCGGCCAUUCAAAAAACAGCGACUGUUUUUGUAAUGCACUGUUAAGCCCCUUUGGGGCACCGACUGUAUUUUCCAUUGUUGUUUUCUCUAAAAAGCCAUAAAAUACAAAUACGCCAGUUUUGUGACUUAUGUUCCCUCAUGCAGCAAGGUUGCCAAAGCCUCAUAUUGUGUUGGUAUACAGAGAAAUUAGGAGUGAGUUUGAAAAUACAAAGCUGGUUUUGGUGUAGGAUGUGCUCCCCAGAUCCUAAAAACCUCACGGAAGUAAGUAAACCCCACUGAAUUCAGUAAGACUUCUGUCCAGGAUGGCUUAAGAUUGGAAGAGAGCCCUACUUACUCCACAGGGAAGGCACUGCCCCACAUGUAUUCACACAGAUAUGCAGGAUUUUUUAAGAGAACCUUGGAGCACAAGUCCAGGAAGAUGCUCACUGUACCAAGGGCACCAUAGUUGCCUCCUAAUAACCCCGUGGCUGUGGAAUGGAUUGGCAAUGUUCAGGUAACCAGAAGGAGCUGCUGACCUAAAUGGUGAAGUGGUGAGUGCUACUGACCAUGGCGCCAAGGAGAGAUGAAUUUGCUUUGUGCUACAGAAGCAGCUUUUAAUCUACUGAAAAAGGUCCAAUGGACAAAGUAACCACUUUACUACCCUGUUUCCCCGAAAGUAAGACCUAGCAGUAAUUUCUGAUGUACCGCUAAUUGCCCUAGUGCAUUUUUGGGGGCUAAAAUUAAUAUAAGACACUGUCUUAUUUUCGGGGAAACACGGUAGGCUGCAUGGCUAUCAAUGCAAUAGCAAAAGAUGGCCAGGAGUCAUACAGUGAAGGCAGUAACUCUCAGACAGGCUGCUACCUUUGAGUGUUGGGCAGUUCUGCCAACUCACAAAAUCUACCACACAGCCCAUUAAAUGUUUAAGAAAUUUAUUAGAUGCACACGUAAAGUGCUCUUACAGGGGAAAAAACUAACUGUUUAUAUUUUAAAAUAAAUAAGAUACAAUGAAAAAAAUUCUGCUUGAAAGUAACAGUUUUAAUAAUGAUUUGAACUUAAGGUCAAGGUGAAAUAUGCCAUAAUGAGCAUUAUGGAGAAGGAGAGCAAGUACAGCCCCUCCCGCACCCCCCCCCCCUUUUCGGGGCCAGGGGAGAGAGAAAGAGGCUACUCAGGGGAUUGGAGGUCUGCCCCCAAAUCCCCUGCUCAUGUAUGUAUCUCCUAGAAACAGGAGGACAACGACAACAUUGCAUCUAUUAGACAGUUCCUUUUAUAGAAACAAUUUUGGGUUUGUUUGUUUUUUCAGAAGUGUGGUUGCAGAAACGAUAAAAUACUUAACAAAAACAAUUGUUUGCUUUCCUGAUUCAGUUGAUCUUUUAAAACAAGACAAUGAUACUUAAUUCCUACAAUACUGUUCACGUGAAGGAACAAGAGGUAAACGCACUCUUACCUCAAAAUCAUGCUUCCAGCGUGAGCAGAACUAUUGCAUUAUACUAUGUGGAGCAAUAAAAGCCAUCCAGGGUUUUGACACCAUCAAGGCAA